AUGUCCGACACUAUCCACGAGCAAACCAGGCAGGAAAAGAUGUGCGAAUUGGACAGCAAGAUUGCGGAGAUCUUGGUCCUCAACGACCAAUACUGGGCGUCCAUCGACAAGAUCAGCAUCGACUUGCAUGAGGAUGACAAUGAGCUCACCUCGGCUCAGGCAGCCCAGCUGCAGAAAGAACGCAGUUCUCUCUUCAACAAGGUCAUGGACCUCAAACCUCUCAUCAGGAAAUACGAUGAGGAGUUGCGUCUUCUUAAGGCGGAGGCUUCGACCCAGCAGUAG